AUGUCGCAUGAGGAAGGUUGGGCUGCUAAUGGCCAUCGUUCGUCAGAAUCCUGCAUUGCGUCACUGGCGCUGGACUUGGUGGCCCGUAAAGUGGCUGGGCGUCAGGCCACGAGGCUGGGCACACGGAUGGAUGUUCCCGGGCUGAGCUGGGAGGUACCUUACAUGGGGCUAAUGCCGGAAAUGAUUGAUGGGUCUGAGACACUGGAUUGGAAUUUCGCCCUUGAGGUGCCUCACUUAGACCCGGGAAAAUGA